UUGUCUUUUAUAUUUCUUUUGCUCUGACUUUCUUUCUGGACCCUGAGAAAGCCUCGUCAUCAUACGAACGAAACCCCCUUUAGCUUGCGACUUGCUCCUAUCUUCCUUGCUGCCCUUUCUGCAAACGAGCUGCACGAUCAUUACGGCGAAACAAGACGAGAAUUAUCCUUUGAUAAACAUGUCGCAGCCCUCGCCGCCGAAUUCCACGCUGCCGUCGCGCGCGACGACGGGACUGAGCGAGGAUGCUAUUCCGGAGGCGGAUCCCUCUACUACGGCCGGAUUGCUUGCGGAGCGCCUGCAGGCGUGGAAGCACAUGGUGGGAUAUCUCGAGGACUAUGUCGAGGCCGUGGAGAAGGUGCACGGCCGCCAGGCGAAGGAGUAUGAGAAGGUCUUGAAGACCAUCUCGAACCCCCUUCGCGAGGGCCACCACUUCGACCAGAGCCUCGGCGGCGUCGCGGGCUUCUUCGAGAACAUGCGGGCCAACACGCAGGCCAUGAUCAACACCAACAUCGAGACGGAGAAGAGCAUCAAGGGCUCGGUGCUGCCCAUCCUCGACCGGCUGCACAAGGAGAUCAAGCACAAGGCCAAGGAGCUGGCGAGCGGCGCGCAGGCGGGCGCCAAGGAGGUCGAGAAGCUGCGCAACGUGACGCAGAAGCACAUUGAGCUGCUGGGCCAGCAGGCGGCGGCCUUUGAGUCGCACGGCGGCCGCAUGAACAGCCACGACGACCCCUACGUGGUGCGCCGCGGCGUGCUGCACCGCCUGAGCAACCAGGUCAUUGCCGAGAACAACCACCACAACGACCUCGUGGCCGUGCAGAACAACUUCCGCACCUUUGAGGCGCACAUCCUCGAGGUCGUCCAGCAGGCCAUUGAGGGCUUCACCCAGCUGGCCGGCGGCCAGGGCGAGAAGAUGCGCGCCCUGCACAGCGACAUCCUCGGCACCGUCCAGUGCAUCCCGCGCGACUUUGAGUGGACCAACUUCCAGCACCGCGCCGCCGACCGGCUCGUCAGCGCAAACGACCCCCCGCGGUCCGUCGAGGCGAUCCAGUUCCCUAACAUGGAGCACUCGUCGACAAAGGCCCUGAUCGAGGGCUCGCUCGAGCGCAAGUCGCGCAACAAGCUGUCCUUUGGCUACUCGACCGGCUACUACGUCGUGACGCCGGCCAAGUUCUUGCACGAGUUCAAGGACUCGGACGACGCGCGCAACGACCCCAAGCCCGAGCUGUCCAUUUACCUGCCCGACGCCGUCAUCGGCGUGCCCACGGGCGACAAGUUCACCAUCAAGGGCAAGGACAAGAGCGGCACCCUGAGCAGCAAGCUCACGGGGAGCUCCGAGAUCAGCUUCAAGGCCCACACGCCCGCCGACGCCCAGCGCUGGUUCCAGGUCAUCCAGGGCGUUACCAACGCCGCUCCCCCGGUCGCGACGGCUGCUGCGGCCGGCGGCGGCACCAACUCGUCGACGCCCACGUCCCCCGUGGCCACGUCUUCGCCGGAGACGACGACGACGACGACGACGCUGCCGGUCGGGCAGGGCCGGCCGGCCGAGGGAGAGGUUGCCAAGGCGCCCGCUGACAAGCACCAGGCUCAGGAGGCGGGUGUCACGGGCGGAGAGGCGAACCCUGCGGCUGUCUAG